GGAUAUAUUUCAGAAAUCGUUUGUGAAUUCCAGUUCAACUUUUUAAUGUACUGCGACCGGAAGUAUACUAUUAUGGCAGGUGCUUGAUGCCGGUGUUGUUUUCCAUGUUAUCACAGAAAUUAAGAGUGAAACGAUGAAAACCACGAUUGUGAUAUCAGUGAUAGCUUGGUGCAUAAUCGCUACGUAUUGUGAAGAUUUGUACGAGACUCUUGGAGUGGGGAAAGGCGCCAGCAGUCAAGAAAUAAGGAAAGCAUAUAAAAAGAUGGCCAGGGAAUGGCACCCAGACAAGAAUGAUGCCCCAAAUGCUGCUGACGUGUUUACAAAGAUAAAUGAGGCGUAUGAGACGUUGAGUGAUCCCGAGAAGAGGAGCACCUAUGACAACUACGGCUAUACCUCAGCCAGUAACAACGAGGGCCGCAAUCGCAACUUCCGCCAACAGGGAUUCGCUCCCUUUGACAGCUUCUUUGGAGCGGGAGGAGGUGGGGGAGGAUUCCGGUUUUCAUUUGGUGGCGAUUCUGUUAUCGAUAAACAUCGUAUUACACUCCGUAAUUUUGAGACGAAGGUGCUACCGGAGAGUUUCACACGGCCAUGUUUUAUGUACGUCUACAGCAGCUUCUGUUUUGACUGUCUGAGGAUUGAACCAUACAUAGAGAAGAUUAUUAUGGAGCUACAGAGCGUGGGUCUUUGUGUGGGAGCAGUACAUGACAUGCACAGCCAGGGUGUGGUCAGUCACCUGCGGAUCAGCCACGCCCCUGCCAUCCUGGGCGUUGUCAAUGGCCGGCCGGUCCACUACAAAGGAGAGAUCAGCAUGAACAAGCUGCGAGAGUUUGUCCGAGGCUGGUUCCCGAAGAACACUCUCCAACAGGUAAAUGACAAAAAUUACGGGGAAUUCCUCAGUGGCUGGUCUGACAACCGGGUGCGAGCUAUAUUCUUCUCCCAGAAAGACCAGCUGUCUGCCCGGUUCCUGGCACCAGCGCACUACUACAGGGAAUAUGUGAAGAGUGGAUAUGUCAGUACACAUUCACCAGGUGCAGCGAAACUCAUGAAGAGGUUCAACGUCAACCACAACCGAGAAUCACUUCUCAUGUUCAACGAAGAGGUGUCUUCUCCUGUGGCCUCUGUUGCUAUGCAGCAGUUGCCGAGGAAGACUCUGGAUGAAGUGAUCGAGUCCAACAAGUUUCUGCUGCUGCCGCGACUCUCGUCACAGAAGUUCCUGGACACGCUCUGCCCAGCGGAACCCAAACUGAAAAGACGGAAAUUUUGUGUUGUCUUGGUAACCAAACAGUCCGUGGACCAUGACCCACAUAGGAUGUCCUUCAGGAAUUUUGCACAGUCCAAGAAGUUCUCUGCGGACAAGGUGAAGUUCGUGUACAUUUACGAGGACACACAGCACAAGUUUGUCAGCACUCUCACCAAGGGCAACAUCACCCGGAAGGAGAGUACAGUCGAGGUGGCCAUUAUGUGGAGGAUGGACAGUCAGAAGUUGAACUAUGAAUUCCUGGAGUCUGGCUGGAGCAUCAGCAGCGACCAUGUGGGAGCAUCAAGAGAACAGCUUGAGGCACGUCUCCAUGCCCUCGUCACCUCGGACCGACUUCUACCCUACAAGGCCAUCUUUACAGAGCUCUACAACGAACAUGCACUGAGUUUGCUGACUCGGAUAUUUCACAAGCUGUUUGACUGGGCCGACAGACUCUUCUUUUUCGCAUUUAGCUAUGAUGGGAUGACGCUGUUGACCGUCAUAUUUGCUGUCAUGUUCGUCAUGCUGGCUGGCUACUUCAUGCAGAGGAUUGCCACUGAGGAACACAACAAGGUCAAGCGGCAGAUGGAAUCCAAGAGGAGGAGUAUGCGGCCCCCUUCCAGCUCGGCUGACAACCAAACUAUCCAUCUGUACGAGCUGAGGUUCGAGACCUACAAGAAUCUUGUUGCUGAGGCAGACACAGGCCUAACCAUCAUCAUCUUCGUUCACGAGACAUCCAAGGAGCAAAUGUUGACCCGCUUUGCCCAAAUCAUGCAACCAUAUUCAAGGUACAGUGCGCUGACCUUCGCCUAUCUCCAGCUGGAGUACUACAUCGACUGGUACCAACACCUCCUGGAGCUCAGCCUCAACUUCAAGAUCAAGCUCAACAACAUCAACAUCAACAGCUGCGUCGGCACUGUCCUCGCCAUCAACGGGUACCGCAAAUACUACUACAUCUUCCACCCGAAGAAGGCACGGCAGUGGAUGAAGGAACACAAUAAUCUCUCUCGGGCCAUCGGUUUCCUUGACGAUGACUCAGAUUCGGAACAGGAACAGGACAAUGCGGACUUCAGCAGGAAGUACCUCAGUGGGCUGGCUAUUUGGAUGGAUCGUAUAUUUGAUGGUUCAGCUGUUAAGAUCAGACUAGAUUAUUGGCCUGAAAUGUGUUCAUGAUAUUAGAGAGGUGUUCUGGUAUGAUAUUUAUUGAUGUGAACAAGCAUUUAUCAUUUGUGCAUCGCUCAUUAGACAAGAAUCUUUUGUUUUCCAUUUUCAUAUUUCCUUAAAACUUAUUCUCCCUUUUAGGACAAAGUAGAAACAGUUUAUUCUGUAAAUGAGGGUUAAAAAUUAAUUGCAUUCAUGUGCCAAAUACUUGUACUGCAAUUGCACUGUUAACACAUGUUCUAGCGCCUAGUUCUCCUGGAAUUCAUGAAUUUUUAACCUGGAAAGUUUUUAGCCUCUUCUGACAACUCAGCUGAACACACCUCAGCUCCUCAUGUUGUUGUAAGCAUUCACCAUAGGCUCAUGCAAAGCCUAUGUUUUUCCACAUAACACACAACUGUCUUCAUUCUCUUCAUCCUGGUGAUUUACAAGCCUAUCUCACAUUAUGCACUUAUCCCAUGGUGAGAUGGAUAAUAGGGGUGGAAUGGUACGCUCUUACCACGGUACGGAACGUAUUGUGGUACAAGCCUUUUCAGUUCAGUAAGAGAAGCAAGCAAAGAAAUGCAUAGAU